AUGGACACGCGCUGGAUGCACAGUCGGCAAGCCUGCGCCAGAAGACUGGGGAGUCGCUACCCUAAACCCUCAACCCGAAAACCUGGUAGUGGCUGUAGAGUGGGAGGAGGGCUGAUAGCAAGAGAUCUCCUCGUCGCGGGGAAGCAGUGCAAACUUUGGGGCGCAAUCAUAUGCAUCAUGGUGGUCGAUUGCCUGUGGUGUCAUGCUCUGCAAUUGGUGGGGGUCCAAGCAAGAAGCCUCACGCCCGCGCGCGAAUACGCGGCCUGCAAUGCCUGUAGGUCGUCAGCUAUCACGGUUCUGAGCAUGGCAGGCAAGGGAACCUGCAGGAGUGCAAAAAGCAACGUCCUUUCGAACCACUUCCGACUCUCGGCCCGUCCUGCCCUGCAAAUUGCUUGCGUAGGACACCCAGCGCAAAACAGCCGGCAGGUCGUCAUCGUGGAUGAGGCUCACUUCAUAAAGAACUCGCAAACUCGGCGCGCGCAGGCAUUGUUCCCCAUCUGUCGGCUUGCAAGCCGCUGCAUUCUGCUCACUGGCACACCUGUGCUCAACUAUGCUGGGGAAACCUGGUCCCUGAUGCAUGCGCUUGACCCCACCCUCCCCACGUUCGAGAACUUCUGCGAGCGAUAUUGCGACUUCAAGACGCAGACGGACGAAGACGGAGUCGUCACUCGCACGCCCUUUGGGGUGAGGCGUCCCGAGGAGCUCUACGAGGUCUUCGGCUCCUUCCUGGUGCGGCAGAAGAAGUCGGAUGUGCUCACAGAUCUCGCGGAAAAGAGCAAGUUCAGACUCAACUUCCGCGCCCGUAUCGAUGGGAAGCACGUCCAGAAGAUCAUGGCGUAUCAGCAGAGAGCCGCUGCGAGCAAAAACCCGCUGUUGAUGCGGAGAAUUCCUCAGAAGAUCUUCGCGCUCACUGCCCAGGCGAAGGCGGUGCCCGUGACGGAGUAUGUCCGCAGCGUGUUGGAGAAUUCCGACCCUGACUGCAAGCUGGUGGUGUUCGGUCAUCACAUGGUCAUCCUCAACUCCGUCCAGAAGAUGCUGCAGAAAAUUGGCCGCCGGUUCGUCCGCCUCGAUGGAUCAGUAGCCCAGAGCCGCCGCCAGGCGCUUCUCGAGGAUUUCCAGGAGGAUCCGGAGGUGCAGGUAGCGCUGGUCGGGAUCAUGGCCUGCGGCCAGGGCAUCUCCCUGGUCGCCGCCCACAAAGUGAUCUUCGCGGAGUUGUACUGGGUGCCGGCGAGGCUCAUCCAAGCAGAGGAUCGCGUGCACCGGCAUGGGCAGGAUCACGACGUUGAGAUCGUCUACUGCGUCGUCGAGGGCAAGCCAUUUAUGGACGACAUGAUCCUGUCGAAGCUGGCCCAGAAAGAGCAGAUCGCCAACUUGAUUACAGAUGGGAAAGAGCUGGACAGCGCGUUCACGCCCCUGCUGUUGGAAGGUGACUGA